CGACAAGAUAUUCGUUUGGCGUGACCAUCAAGUGAAAGUGUCUAGGGGAGGUCUUCGGGAUAUGUCUGCGUCUGACAUCCUAACACUGGGAAUCGAGAACAACGCAAGAAUAAUUCGGUUAACUACAGAAGAUGGAAAAAUCAUGGUCGGUGUCGACUUCGGCACGACCUCCACUGGCGUAUCCUACUCCUUGAGGGGCCUUGAAGUGCGAGGAGGGGAAGAUAAUGAUCACCUCAUUUAUGAGUGGCCCGCUGCCAAUUCCAGGAAAAUAACUGCAACUAAAGUCGCCUCGAUCGUCCAGUACGAGCAUAAAACCGAGGACGGUAUCGAGAAACUAGUGGCGACCCGAUGGGGGGCCCAGGUACUGGCGAGCAAGGAAAACUGUUCAUCUCUUUUCAAACCAUUGCUUGAACCUAACUUAGAUCGAGAUCAUGAUCCUUAUGCGUUUUGGAAUUCCACAGUCGGUCACGGGUAUUCUUUCUUACCGGAAGCCAAGGAGCCCUCGGAUGUUAUGAAAGACUACCUGGAUUGUGUUUGGCAGUAUUCAAGGAAAACUAUUUUUAAAAAUACCCGCCAAAGGCCUUCCUAUCACCCGGUACCCUACACUAUCACUGUACCGGAAAUCUGGGCUAGGGAAACCCGCAAGGCGCUGGAACAGAUCGUCAAGGAUGCCGGGCUAGCAUUGUGAACAAAUGACAUACUGACUAUGAUUCCGGAGCCCAUAGCGGCAGCAGUGGAUAUCUUUAGAAAGAAGGCGGAUACAUUCCAGGGUGACGACGUCAUGCUCAUGUGAUAUCGGCGGAGGAACGAUCGUGAGUUUUAACCCUACUUUCGUUCUAUCAUUUUUUACUAUGUUUGGUGCCCCUGUGGUUAUAAUUCGUGCCUGAAAUCCUGGCAAACAUAGGAUGUAGGAUCGGUUUUUAUCCGUCAAACUGAGUUUGGCCGCUAUAUUCGGCAGCUCGAGCCAAC